UGUGCGAUCGUGUAAGUGAAUGGAGAAAAAUGUCGAUAAAUUUGUUCAAGUGAAUCAAAAUGUUAGACUGUUUUUCUAGUAAUGAUAUAUAAUCCUUGUUAUUUGGCCGUGCACAUUAAUAAGGAUGUUACACAAUACGACACCAUACACACCCCGUGAUAAAUGUGUUUUACGCUCGUAAUUCGUGAACGUUGUAUGCAAUUUGCAGAAAUAUUUGGAAUUAAGGAAAUGAGUUAAAUUAGAGUAAAGCGAAAAUUAACGUAAUUGUAAAAAGAAUGAUAAUUUGUAAUAUCUUGCAACAAAAGUAAUCUAGUGAUUUUAUAAUGCACAAUCCACUGGCGCUUAUAUUAUGGAACCAUCGGAACUAAACAGUUCUUUAUUGUGAAUUCACCUUUAUUUUAACAACAUAUUUUGAACGGAUAUUACAAGAAAGAUGAAGCUCAUCAAUUUUAUACGGAUCUUGUUUCUCUUUGAAACUUGUUUGUUUAUUAAUGCAAUUGACAAAUCUGUUGCUAAUAAUACCUUACCUGUGAUAGUGAUCACCUGGGAUUAUAUAUCUGCAGCAGGAAAAGCAUGGGACGUGAUAUAUAAUCAGAAGAGAAGUGCUCUAGAUGCAAUAGAGGAAGGAUGCACUCUGUGUGAAGCAGAACAAUGUAGAAAGACUGUAGGAUUUGGUGGUAGUCCAGAUGAAAAUGGAGAAACUACACUGGAUGCUAUGAUUAUGGAUGGAGUGACAAUGGAUGUAGGUGCAGUAGCAUCAUUGCGGACUGUAAAGAGAGCUAUUUCGGUGGCUCGCAAGGUACUGCAUCACACAAAACAUACCUUAUUGGGCGGAGAGUUAGCUGCAGAGUUCGCUAUUGAGAUGGGAUUCAAAAGAGAAUCUUUAUCGACAAAUGAAUCCUACCGAAUGUGGAAUGAUUGGAAAGCAAACAAAUGUCAACCCAAUUUCUGGAAGAAUGUUGAGCCGGAUCCAACGAUCAGCUGCGGGCCAUAUAAGUCGAAAAAUAUACAAAAGAAUAAUAUUAGAUACGAAGAAUACACUUUGGAAGGAAGCGAGGAAAAUCACGAUACAAUUGGUAUGCUCGCGAUAGACUCUCAGGGACGUACGGCGGCCGGUACCUCUACAAAUGGCGCCAACCAUAAGAUACGUGGUCGAAUUGGAGAUUCGCCUAUUCCGGGAGCUGGGGCAUACGCCGAUCAAGAAGUUGGUGCGGCAGCUGGUACCGGUGACGGAGAUAUUAUGAUGCGAUUUCUACCGAGCUUUCUAGUGGUAGAGGAGAUGCGUCGAGGAGCAACGCCGGAUGCAGCUGCCAGAAAGGCGAUUAACAGGAUCAUUCGACAUUAUCCCACCUUUUUCGGUGCGGUAAUCGCCUUGAACAAUAGGGGAGAAUUCGGAGCUGCGUGUAACGGAAUGAGUAAAUUUCCAUUUUAUGUCGCGAACCCUACUUUGGGAACAAAGUUAUUUUCAAUUAAUUGCAGUAAUGUACACUGCUACAAGACAGACUCUAAUUGCUGAUUAUUAUUCCAUUUAUUCGAAUUUCAAAAAAUGAUAUAGAAUAAUAUAUAAAAUAUCUACCCUAUAAAAAUAUAAGGUAAGCAUUCCUAAUAAUAUUAAUAUAAAAAGAAGAGAUAGUACUAUGUUAAAUGUACAAUUGAUUACAAAUGCAAAGCAUUGUUACAAAUAGCAGACAUAAAUGAAAUGCAAAUAUGAGAGUGGUAUCAAUACACUAUACAUAA